AUGUCUUCGAACAACCAAGCCGCUUGGAUCGAUGGGAAGGCCGCCCAGCUCCGUGUUGCUGAGGCACCUAUGCCGAAAGCAGAGGCAGGCCAGAUCGUGAUUCGCAACAAAGCCAUUGCCAUUAACCCCGUAGACUGGAAGAUUCAGGACUAUGGACUGUUCAUCCAGCAGUGGCCAGCAGUACUGGGAGAGGACGUUGCUGGCGAGGUAGUGGAAGUUGGGGAGGGUGUGUCGAGCUUCAAGAAGGGCGACAGAGUCACAUCACACACGCUCAGCCUCGUCACCAGCAAGCCCGAAGACGGUGGCUUCCAGCUCUACAGCCGGGCGGCAGCGGCGAAGACCGCCAAAAUCCCGGACAGCAUGUCCUUUGCUCAGGGCUCCGUCAUUCCCUUGGCUCUGGACACCGCCGCCGUGGGACUUUAUUCUGACCAGUCGAGUGGCUAUCUCGGUCUUCCUAUGCCGUCGUUCAACCCAUCUUCUUCCGGCAAGACGAUCGUUGUCUGGGGAGGCAGCUCUUCAGUCGGUUCUAUGGUCAUCCAACUUGCUGCCGCAUCGGGAGCCAAAGUCGUCGCGACUGCGUCCCAGCAAAACCACGAAUUCUGCAAGAGCCUUGGAGCUUCUGAGGUCAUCGACUACAAGAACGCCAGCGUCGUAGACGAUGUCGUCGCCGCAGUCAAGAAAGUCGGCGGUACCUUCGUCGGCGUCUACGAUGCCAUCUCCGAGCAAGACAAGUCCUACAAGCACACGGUCCCAAUCAUCGAGAAGCUUGGUGGCGGAAGCCUUCCGGUCGUGCUGGGAGGCCCUGAGAAUCCACCUAGCUCAGUGAAGGUGGGCCAGGUCUUUGGUGUCAACGAUAUGACGCACCCUAUUUGGGCGGACUACCUUCCAAAGGGGCUUGAGAGUGGGAAGUUCAGAGCUGUGCCGGAGCCGUUGGUGAUUGGGAAGGGCCUGGAGAAUGUGCAGAAGGGGAUGGAUAAGAACAAGGAGGGUGUGAGUGCGAAGAAGGUAGUGAUCGAGGUUUAA